UCCAUGUCAUGCUCAUGGAAUUCUUUUCACUGAUACCAAGAACACCAAGAUCGAUAGGAUUGUCAAUAUCAAUGUCUCACGGAAUCCUUAUUAUUCUUCGAUGAAAUAUGAGCGAUAUUUGGCAUUUUGGUGCAUUAGCUGUUUGGGAGGUGAAAUGAAUAAAUGGAAGCAAUCUGUCAAUCAGAGAUAUGGAAAGGCACGGGAACGAACCGAAGUGGUUGCGAAUCGAGUGCGAUUGGAGCGAGGUCCGGGAAAAUGA